UUAAUUCAAAAUUUUGUUUUAGGGUUCACGGUAAUAACGUGUUGUUAGUUAGUUGUAAUUUAAUGUUAUAGGUUUUAAUUGUGUUAAGUAUUUAUUUUAAUAAUUUACCCUUUUAUAUUUUAACAAUGUUACCUGUUUCUAAAACUUUUUUACCUUUAAACACCCACGGAGGAAGUAAUAAAAUACCAAUAAUUGGAUGUAAGUAAAAAAAUCAGUAGUAUCAUUGAGUAUAAAUACUCAAUAGUAGUAUUCUUUAAACUUAAUAAUAUUAUAUCCAUAAUAAUUAUGUAUGAUUUUUAGUUGGCACUUACACAAUUUAUGACAGAAAAAAUAUACUAGAUGUUUUGGAUGUGGCUCUUGGUGCUGGAUAUCGGCUAAUAGGUAAAUAUUUAUUAAAUUAGGUAAAACGUAAAAGUAAAGAUCAUUUUUUUAAAAAAUAUUUUUACUACCUAGCCUACUUUUUCUUAUAGAUAUUAUGCUCAUAUGUUGUAAAAAAUCUACUUAACCCAGGAUUAUUCUUUUAUUCAUUUCACACGAUUGCUUGUUUGUUAUAUUUUUACUAACAAUUUAUCAAUUUACUUAAUUUCACAGAAUUAUGAAUUUGUAUGCAAUUUCUAUUUAUUGAAUUACAAAAUUACUUCAUAUGUAAGAUAGUUUUGAUUCACCCUUCCCACUACAAAAAUACUGUACUGUUCAACUGUAAAAUACCAUUCAAUGUUAGAUUUUUCUAACGGUUUGAGUAGUAGAAUAAAUAAACAAUGGUACCAAUAUUUGUUUCAGUUUAAGUAACAAUCUGUCUAUAAUUUUUAAUUCAAUAGUUUAGAGAUGUAUUUUUUUGUUUUGAAAAUGUUUUACUGUAGAUAAUGCUAAAUGAUUUUCAUAUGAUUAGAUAUUUUCUACUCUAUUAGUUUUUAGAAAUUAAAAUUUUUGUUAUUAGUCAAUAUUAUAAUUAUAAUAUAUUGUUCUAACAUAGUAUUAUUUUCAGACACAGCAGCAGUAUAUCGUAAUGAAGAGUACAUCAAGGAAGCACUUGCAGUUCUGUUGCCGAAAUAUCAUCUAAAACGUGAAGAUUUGUUUAUUACAUCAAAAUUAGGUAUAAUUUUCAGUUCUUCAAUAAACCUAAGAUUUGCUGGUAGAAGCAAUGCCUAAUAAGCUUAAGCACAAAUUUAAUGUACAAAUCUAAGCAUAAUGCAUUCUUACUUAAACGGUAAAAACCAAAACUAGUUUGGUAAUUAUUUGAAUAAAACAAUAAAUAAAUAUACACUAAUUAAUUAUUAUAAUAAUUCCAUUUUUUAUAUUAUUAUUACGACUUAAAUUAAUUUUUAUUAAUUGUUUUAUAGCACCCAGAGAUUAUGGGGAUGAGAAACAGGUAACAGCUGCUGUACAGAGUUCAUUAGACAAUCUAGGUACCAACUAUCUGGAUUUAUAUUUAAUACAUUGGCCUGGUGCUAGUCAUAUUGAUGCAAAGAGUCCUGAGAAUUCUAAACUUCGUAAUUUGGCAUGGAAGGCUCUUAUGAAGUUGCAUGACAAUGGAAAAGGUCCACUAAAAAAUAUUGGAGUAUCUAAUUACACAGCCAGACAUUUAAAAGAAAUGCUUGCUGAUCCAUUUAAUAUUGUUCCUGCUGUAAAUCAGGUACCUAAUAGUAUUAAAAAAAAAAAUUGUUAAAUUUCACUUAAAAAGUAUGUGAUACUAAUGCGUAAUAUAAAAUAAUUUCUAAUAUUUUUUAAACAUAUUUACUAUAUGUAGAUUGAAUUUCAUCCAUAUUUCCAACAAUCAUCAGAGUUUCAUGAUAUUUGUCAGAAAGCCCAAAUAGUUCUACAGGCAUAUUGUUCUUUGGGUGGAUUUGCUGGAAAAAGAUUAUUGCUUAAUGAUAAAGUCAUUAAACGUAUUGCUAAGAAACAUUCCAUAUACCCUGCCCAAGUCUUAUUGAGGUGGGCUAUUCAGAGAAAUUAUGGUAAGAUUGAUAUACCUAUUCAAUUAUCAUGGUAAUUUUAUAUUUAACAUAAAUUUAAACACAAAAUGUUUUUCAUAAAUUUUAUAUUGGACAUGAUACUUUUUAGCAAGUUUGUAUUAUUUUUAUGAAUAAUAUAUGUUUAAAUUUCUUUCGUGUAGCUAGGUGGGUAUGAGCUGAGUUUUUAUUUUGAUUUAUUGAGAUGAUUCAUUGCCAGUAUCCUCCUACGACUGUCAACAUAGCAAAUUGUUGUUUAGUAGGUACAAUUUUGUACUGUUAUUUUUAAUAUUAGAGCAUAUUGAUUUUUUUGUUAUUUUAAUUUUUAAGCGAAAUAUAAUCGUUUUUAAAUUGUGAUAUUUUAAUGUUUAUAUCUCGCUUAAAAAUUCAAAUAAACAACUCGACAAUAUGGCAUUGAUAGUGUUUUUAUUAUUAACUUUAAUAAUAAGCCAAUUCACUCUAAUCUGAGAAAUAACAGUACAGAGUUUUCUUUGCUGAAUGAACAUUUGCUAUGUAGCGCGGUUAUAUGAUUGUGACAACACUUACGAAUGUGGUGUUCUCUUGAGAAGGCACCCUAAUAAGAUUUGCCGUUUUUCUCUAUCUAAUAGGCAGUAUAAUAAAAAUGUGUUUUUGUUAUUCCAAUAAUACUCAGGAUGCAAUACGCUCUAUUAGUGGUGAUAAGAAUAAAUGUCAUCAGAAAUGGUAUUUGGUUCCAAACAAAUAUAUUUUAACACUUAAUUUAAUGGGAAAAAUUUAAUAUUUAAUAUUUUAUUUAUUCCAAUUAGAAUCUUACAAUGUUAUACUUCGAAUAGUUAAAAAUUGAAUUAAGAUACUAUGCUUUAUCACUUGAUUGAACCCAUAAUGCUUGAAUUUAUUUAACUGUAAAAUUUACUGUAACUGUUGAAGAAAUCUAAACAGAAACUCGAAUUUGUAAUAGUUUUGAUUUUUCUUGCCGUAGAUAGUUUUUACUUUUGAUAAUGGCUGGAAAUCAUUUGUUAUCCAUUGGUUUACCUUUUAGUUUUUUCAUAGACAAUAUAACAAUUAAAAUAAGUACUUUCCAAUUAUUACAGUGUUCAUAGCUACUAUAAGUAUCCCUUUGCUCAAAGGGAUUAAUGCCCAUUAAUAGACAAAUGUAAUACACCUGUAAAAACCUUAGUACAGACAAUGAUCACUCAACAAUUUGAACAUUUUUUAAACGCAUUAGGAAGGCAGGUUUUAUAUUUAUGUCUAGAUGGUAUUUUAUUCAUAAAUUUACUAAAAAGUAUACUGUGUAAAAUAUUUAUAAAAAUUAUUGUUAUAUUACUUAUAGUAGUUGCAUUACAUAUGAACCUAGCAGAUAAGUGUAUAUGAGGAAAAUUGUGUCUUAGUUUUAUUAAUGUUAGGAGUAAUUAGCCCGUUUAUUUAUACUAUCUACUUUCCAAUUCAAAUAAUAAUGGAUCUUAUAAUUUUUAAAUAAAUUAAAUAGGGCCAGUAAUAUUUUAUUAGAAGGUAAUCCUGUGUAAAACUUAACAAGUUCCUUUUUUUAACUCUUGUUUACAUAUUAAAAGUAACACUUAAACUGUUAAUUUGUAGUUGUAAUUUUUGGUUUUUUUUUCUGAGAGAAUAGUUUUCAAGUUUAAUAUUUGCUGGUUUAAAUUAAAUUGAAUUUAAUUUAAUAUUCGUUUUUCAUUGGACUUUGUAGGGAAUCUAAACAACUUGCAAAUGUAUCUGUUUUUUUUUUUUUUAUGAGAAUAGCUAACUGCCCAACAAUAAACCAUCAUAAUAUUGUAAAAUUACUAUUUAUAAAACACUGACUAAGAAUUAAUGAUAGAAGUAAAUGGUAAAUCCAUAGAAAUAUCCAAUAUAAUAAUAAGUAGGUACUAAAAUGUAAAAAAAAUGGGAACAGAACACUAUUUCUGUCAAUGUUUUUUCACCAGUUAAAGGUAAACAAACUCAGAUAUUAUGGUUUUAAAUAGUAAAACGUGGUAUCAAUUUUUAGAUUAAAAAUAAGAUUUGACCUAUUCAAUGUUAAAAUAUGUUUGUUUGGAACCAAACGUAAUUUAUAAUAACGUUAUUAUUAUCACACUAAUAGUAUGUAUAGACCUAAAAAUAAAUGAUUAUUUAUUUCCUAGAUAAUCAUCUACUUAUUUAACUACAUAUUUAAAAGUAAAAAAAACUAUUUUUAAAAUUUUCAUCUUAAAAGAAAAUUGUAUAGCGAAUAUAUCAAAAUACAAAUGGAUAUAUUUCAUACGAUGGGUGGGCCAUUGUUGUAGCUGAGGAGUUAGUCAGUUAUAGGAGAAAUUUUAUUUAUAUUUGUAUGUAAAGAUUAAUCAUUGCUUAUGAAUCAUUACUAAACGAUUCUGAGUGGAGAUCGGUUUUUUAUGUUUUGAAAAUAAUAAAUUUCAUAAAUUUUCCUAGGUUUCCCAAUUUUUCUAAUUAACUAUUAAAUUCCCUUGGGAAAAUCAAAAAAUUACUUUCCUAAAUUAACCUUCUAGUCAGAUUUCAUUUCAGAAAAAGUGCUACAUUUAAAUCGGAACAUUUCUGGUAGAAAAAUUGUUCACAGAUAAAAAAAAUAAACAUUAUUAUAAAUCCAAUGCAUUCCUUGCUCCAUUCAGAAUUUAAAAUCCCCUUUUGAAAACAUAUUAAAUGUUAUUAUAAAUACAUUUUGCUGCUUUAUACAUUUUUCAAAUAAAUAUUCAAACACUAGCCUAGCAAGAUUGAUAUCUAGGUGAUAAUUGGUUUCUAAAUUGACUUAUUUUUCUGGACAGUUGCUAUCAAUUGUGUAAUGAUCUGUUAUUUUCUCAAUCAACAUCCCCCUUAAAUUAAAUAGUUAAUUAACAUUUAUACAGGUAAAACAAUUAAAUAUUUAAAUCUUUAUUUAAAUUAUUAUUUUUGUAUUUGCUACAUUUAUUGUUAUUUUUAUUUACUUACAUUUUCAGCAAUAAUCCCAAAAUCAAUUACUCCAGAAAGGAUAAAAAUCAAUUUUGAUGUCGACAUAGAACUCUCAAAGGAUGAUUUGAAUGAUAUUAAUAAUAUAAAACACGUGGAAAAAUUUGGUUGGGACCCUCAAUUCAUUGCAUGAAGAGUUUAAAUUUUAAACUAAAUGUUUAAUAUUUGAAACAUUAUAUAAACAACAUUUAAUUCAGACAGUGAUGGACAAAUUGUUUUACAUAUUUUAAUUGCUAAUAGUAAUGAAUUAUUGUAUUUAAGUAUAAUUCAUUAUCAAUAUUUAAUUAUAAUCAAUUUUAGUUUAUAACAAGUAACCAACAUGGGUGUAGGAUGAGGGGGGAUUAUAGGGACUGAUAUCUUCCUCAAUAAGUGUUUUAGUCCCCCUAUUUUUUUUCAUUAGUUAUUAAAUAAGUAAAACUCAAAUUGAUAAUCUUAAUUUUAGUUAGUGAACAUAUUAUCAUCACAGUCCGCAGUUUAUGUCACAGACUAAUAUAACGGUAUCACUUUUGAAUUAAUGUAAGUAACAUGUAAAUAUCCAUAAAAAUAUAAACAUAUGUUUAUAUGUCCGCGAAAAUACCAUAAUCAUUGUUAUACGAUCUGUGCCAUAGAUUAUAUGCAGAAAACUAUAAUAUACUGCUCUGUUAAACAAAAGUGCUGUAACUUGAAAAAAUGAGUUACUUAUGGCAUUUGAUAGCUAUACCAAUUAUAUUUAUUUUCUGUAUAAAAAAAUCUAGAAAUUACAUUAAAUAGGUUUUAAAACACAAUUAUAGUUAGUUGAUAAUGCCAUAAGCAACUAAAAAAAAUAGUGGUACUAAGUAAGAACACUGUAUCUUACAUUUACUAGGCCUUAAAUAUUUGUAUACAUACGGCAUUUUUUUCUUUAUAUUUCCAUGUUCUUUUAAAAUUACUGCAUUAUUGCUUAGCAUUUUUCUAGAGUUCAACAUAUUUUUAAUUAUAAUCUGCAAAUAUUCACCAUCAAGUAGAAUAAUCUUUUAACCACCAUAAAACCUUAUGAUUUUAACGAUUUUGUUAAAGCUAUGGGAGUUGCAAACAAAUCUAGAGUAGAUUUGAAAAUAAUGAAUUAUUUCUAUUUUUAUUUAUGAAUAGAUAUAAUAAAUCACAAAAAUAAAAUAAGUAUGUAAUAAACUAAAAAACCACUUAUUAUUCAUAGAUGUCUUAUUUAUUUAUUUUGAACAAAAUGUAAUUUCGAAGAAGAAUAUUCAGAGCUUGAUUAUUAAAGAAAAAUUUUAUGAAAAUAUUCGGAAUAGUUACAUCUAAACCAUUAAAUGGACCUUGGACAUUCAUGUGGAAAAACGAAACGACAUUCUCACCAACAUAAAAUAACAAGUUCUAUCACAAAAUAGAAAACUGUUUUUGGGAAAAUAUACCUAUUUUUCACAAUAAUUUAAACUAAUUACUUUAUUUUUGAUAAUUUUAUUUGUAAAAAGCUGUUUUAUAAUAUAGUUGACAUAUUUUUAUUAAUAUAAAUUUAUUUACGGUGUUUUAUCUUAAAUACAUUUAUUUAUUUAAGAUUGCCAGUUUGUAUUUGAAUGUGGGUAAAUGUCAAUGCACGUCAUUUGCCUGGUGUCGUUCCUUAAUUAGCUGCACUUAUUCAAUAAACAAUAUGACUAUACCAUCAGUCAAAUACAAAAAGGACCUGGGUGUUCUCUUUUACUCAGACUUCAGUUACCAUUUUCACAUUCUAUCAAUAAGUUGCAAGCUCUACAAGACCUUGGGGGUUCAUAAAACAGAUAUUAUCACACUUCAAGCUCACCUCUCCAAUAAAUGUCCUUUAUUGCUUGCUAGUAUGGUCCCUGCUUGAGUACUGAUUAGUCCGGUGGGACCCCCACUUAGCUUCAGACUCUGCUAUGUACUAUAGAGCGAGUUCAAGCUUGUAUUUAAUUAAAAUAAAAUGUUGCAAAUCUUGAUAUUUCAAAUGUAUAGUUAUUUUCUGCCCUUCAGUUUGUUGUUGAUCGUCAUAUGUGUGUAUAUAUUAUCGACGUUUAGUAAU